GGCGGCAGGAUACAGCAGCUUUUGCGCGACUUAUAAGAGCUCCUUGUGCGGCGCCAUUUUAAGCCUCUUGGUCUGUGGCAGCCGUGUUGGCCCGGCCCCGAGAGCGGAGAGCGAGGGGAGGCGGAGACGGAGGAAGGUCCGAGGAGCAGCUUCAGUCCUCGCCGAGCCGCCACCGCAGGUCGAGGACGGUCGGACUCCCGCGACGGAAGGAGCCUGUUCCCCUGAGGGUAUUUGAAGUAUACCAUACAACUGUUUUGAAAAUCCAACGUGGACAAUGGCUACUCAAGGCUACCUUUUGCUCCAUUUUCUGCUCACUCCUCCUAAUGGCUUGGUGAAAUAGCAAACAAGCCACCAGCAGGAAUCUAGUCUGGAUGACUGCUUCUGGAGCCUGGAUGCAGUACCAUUCUUCCACUGAUUCACUGAUUUGAUGGAGUUGGACAUGGCCAUGGAACCAGACAGAAAAGCGGCUGUUAGUCACUGGCAGCAACAGUCUUACCUGGACUCUGGAAUCCAUUCUGGUGCCACUACCACAGCUCCUUCUCUGAGUGGUAAAGGCAAUCCUGAGGAAGAGGAUGUGGAUACCUCCCAAGUCCUGUAUGAGUGGGAACAGGGAUUUUCUCAGUCCUUCACUCAAGAACAAGUAGCUGAUAUUGAUGGACAGUAUGCAAUGACUCGAGCUCAGAGGGUACGAGCUGCUAUGUUCCCUGAGACAUUAGAUGAGGGCAUGCAGAUCCCAUCUACACAGUUUGAUGCUGCUCAUCCCACUAAUGUCCAGCGUUUGGCUGAACCAUCACAGAUGCUGAAACAUGCAGUUGUAAACUUGAUUAACUAUCAAGAUGAUGCAGAACUUGCCACACGUGCAAUCCCUGAACUGACAAAACUGCUAAAUGAUGAGGACCAGGUGGUGGUUAAUAAGGCUGCAGUUAUGGUCCAUCAGCUUUCUAAAAAGGAAGCUUCCAGACACGCUAUCAUGCGUUCUCCUCAGAUGGUGUCUGCUAUUGUACGUACCAUGCAGAAUACAAAUGAUGUAGAAACAGCUCGUUGUACCGCUGGGACCUUGCAUAACCUUUCCCAUCAUCGGGAGGGCUUGUUGGCCAUCUUUAAGUCUGGAGGCAUUCCUGCCCUGGUGAAAAUGCUUGGUUCACCAGUGGAUUCUGUGUUGUUUUAUGCCAUUACAACUCUCCACAACCUUUUAUUACAUCAAGAAGGAGCUAAAAUGGCAGUGCGUUUAGCUGGCGGGCUACAGAAAAUGGUUGCCUUGCUCAACAAAACAAACGUUAAAUUCUUGGCUAUUACGACAGACUGCCUUCAAAUUUUAGCAUAUGGCAACCAAGAAAGCAAGCUGAUCAUACUGGCUAGUGGUGGACCCCAAGCUUUAGUAAAUAUAAUGAGGACCUAUACUUAUGAGAAACUACUGUGGACCACAAGCAGAGUGCUGAAGGUGCUAUCCGUCUGCUCUAGUAAUAAGCCAGCUAUUGUAGAAGCUGGUGGAAUGCAAGCUUUAGGACUUCACCUGACAGAUCCAAGUCAACGUCUUGUUCAGAACUGUCUUUGGACUCUCAGGAAUCUUUCAGAUGCUGCAACUAAACAGGAAGGGAUGGAAGGUCUCCUUGGGACUCUUGUUCAGCUUCUGGGUUCAGAUGAUAUAAAUGUGGUCACUUGUGCAGCUGGAAUUCUUUCUAACCUCACUUGCAAUAAUUAUAAGAACAAGAUGAUGGUCUGCCAAGUGGGUGGUAUAGAGGCUCUUGUGCGUACUGUCCUUCGGGCUGGUGACAGGGAAGACAUCACUGAGCCUGCCAUCUGUGCUCUUCGUCAUCUGACCAGCCGACACCAAGAAGCAGAGAUGGCCCAGAAUGCAGUUCGCCUUCACUAUGGACUACCAGUUGUGGUCAAGCUCUUACACCCACCAUCCCACUGGCCUCUGAUAAAGGCUACUGUUGGAUUGAUUCGAAAUCUUGCCCUUUGUCCAGCAAAUCAUGCACCUUUGCGUGAGCAGGGUGCCAUUCCACGACUAGUUCAGUUGCUUGUUCGUGCACAUCAGGAUACCCAGCGCCGUACGUCCAUGGGUGGGACACAGCAGCAAUUUGUGGAGGGGGUCCGCAUGGAAGAAAUAGUUGAAGGUUGUACUGGAGCCCUUCACAUCCUAGCUCGGGAUGUUCACAACCGAAUUGUAAUCAGAGGACUAAAUACCAUUCCAUUGUUUGUGCAGCUGCUUUAUUCUCCCAUUGAAAACAUCCAAAGAGUAGCUGCAGGGGUCCUCUGUGAACUUGCUCAGGACAAGGAAGCUGCAGAAGCGAUUGAAGCUGAGGGAGCCACAGCUCCUCUGACAGAGUUACUUCACUCUAGGAAUGAAGGUGUGGCGACGUAUGCAGCUGCUGUUUUGUUCCGAAUGUCUGAGGACAAGCCACAAGAUUACAAGAAACGGCUUUCAGUUGAGCUGACCAGCUCUCUCUUCAGAACGGAGCCAAUGGCUUGGAAUGAGACUGCGGAUCUUGGACUUGAUAUUGGUGCCCAGGGAGAACCCCUUGGAUAUCGCCAGGAUGAUCCUAGCUAUCGUUCUUUUCACUCUGGUGGAUAUGGCCAGGAUGCCUUGGGUAUGGACCCCAUGAUGGAACAUGAGAUGGGUGGCCACCACCCUGGUGCUGACUAUCCAGUUGAUGGGCUGCCAGAUCUGGGGCAUGCCCAGGACCUCAUGGAUGGGCUGCCUCCAGGUGAUAGCAAUCAGCUGGCCUGGUUUGAUACUGACCUGUAAAUCAUCCUUUAGGUAAGAAGUUUUAAAAAGCCAGUUUGGGUAAAAUACUUUUACUCUGCCUACAGAACUUCAGAAAGACUUGGUUGGUAGGGUGGGAGUGAUUUAGGCUAUUUGUAAAUCUGCCACAAAAACAGGUAUAUACUUUGAAAGGAGAUGUCUUGGAACAUCGGAAUGUUCUCAGAUUUCUGGUUGUUAUGUGAUCAUGUGUGGAAGUUAUUAACUUUAAUGUUUUUUGCCACAGCUUUUGCAACUUAAUACUCAAAUGAGUAACAUUUGCUGUUUUAAACAUUAAUAGCAGCCUUUCUCUCUUUAUACAGCUGUAUUGUCUGAACUUGCAUUGUGAUUGGCCUGUAGAGUUGCUGAGAGGGCUCGAGGGGUGGGCUGGUAUCUCAGAAAGUGCCUGACACACUAACCAAGCUGAGUUUCCUAUGGGAACAAUUGAAGUAAACUUUUUGUUCUGGUCCUUUUUGGUCGAGGAGUAACAAUACAAAUGGAUUUUGGGAGUGACUCAAGAAGUGAAGAAUGCACAAGAAUGGAUCACAAGAUGGAAUUUAUCAAACCCUAGCCUUGCUUGUUAAAUUUUUUUUUUUUUUUUUAAAUAUCUGUAAUGGUACUGACUUUGCUUGCUUUGAAGUAGCUCUUUAAUUUUUUCUUUUUUUUUUUUUUUUGCAGUAACUGUUUAAGUCUCUCGUAGUGUUAAGUUAUAGUGAAUACUGCUACAGCAAUUUCUAAUUUUUAAGAAUUGAGUAAUGGUGUAGAACACUAAUUCAUAAUCACUCUAAUAAUUGUAAUCUGAAUAAAGUGUAACAUUGUGUAGCCUUUUUGUAUAAAAUAGACAAAUAGAAAAUGGUCCAAUUAGUUUCCUUUUUAAUAUGCUUAAAAUAAGCAGGUGGAUCUGUUUCAUGUUUUUGAUCAAAAACUUUAUUUGGGAUAUGUAUGGGUAGGGUAAAUCAGUAAGAGGUGUUAUUUGGAACCUUGUUUUGGACAGUUUACCAGUUGCCUUUUAUCCCAAAGUUGUUGUAACCUGCUGUGAUACAAUGCUUCAAGAGAAAAUGCGGUUAUAAAAAAUGGUUCAGAAUUAAACUUUUAAUUCAUUCGAU